UUUGUGGACCCAGAGUCGAGGACUGUCUUAUCGCCUGUUGCAUGGGUGCGUAACUCUGUCUUGCCCGAGCAAUUAUUAAGUGACUGGUUUCGACUUUGCUGCCUUCACGGCAGGGAUCAGGUCAAAGGGGCCACGGCAGCCUAGAAGACGUCAUGUCGUUCGACAGCAGAGUCUGCAUCCCUGGCCCCUAUAAGAAGCCCCUCGUCGGGCCCUCUACUUCCUGCCGUAUUGUCUUCUGCAAGCCAACACUCGACAGAGCUCAGGCAAAUGGCGACUAACUUUGACGACAAGGUCAACGAUGCCAUUGACCUCGGCACGGGCUACGCUGGCUCUUCGACGGGCAAGCUCGUCGCCGUAUCGGGCAACAAGCGCACCCUGGCCCCCAACCAGGUCGUCAUCGACAUCACCCACUCGGGGCUUUGCGGCACCGACCUCCACCACCGUAAGCGGGCGGACAUGAUUCUCGGCCAUGAGGGAGUGGGCGUGAUCACCAAAGUCGGAAGCGAAGUCAAGAACGUCAAGGUCGGCGCCCGCGUCGGCUGGGGAUACGUUCAUGAUGUCGAUGGAUCAUGCACAAACUGCCUCUUGGGCCGCGACAACCUGUGCGAUGCCCGCAAGGUGUUUGCCUACACGGACAAGGACGAGGGCUCGCUCGGCGAACGCUUCGUCAUCCGCUCCGAUUUUGUCCACGUCAUUCCCGACGAGUUGCCUCUCAAGUACGCCGCUCCCCUGCAGUGUGCCGGCACGACAGUCUUUGGCGCCAUUGUGGCUGCAGACGUCAAGCCGUGGGACAGGGUGGGCGUUGUGGGAAUUGGCGGUCUUGGUCACUUGGCCAUUCAAUAUCUCAAGGCCAUGGGAACCGACGUCGUCGUCUUUUCGACGACGGAAAGCAAGAAGGAGGAGGCCAUGAAGCUGGGUGCCUCUGAGUUUGUCGCGACAAAGGCCAACGCAAAGCUGCAAGGUGUCAAGCCCGUCAACCAUCUUCUCAUCUCGGCCGAUCGUCAGGUGGACUGGGCAACUUUCUUCCGAGUCGUCGCGCGAAACGGCAAGAUCAUCCCCUUGUCAGUCUCGGAUGAAGACAUGAAGGGGGUUCCGUACAUGAUGAUUGUCGCGCAGCAGCUCAACAUCAUGGGCUCCUUUGUCGCCGAUCGCCCCACACACCGGCGCAUGCUCGAGUUCAGCGCCCGCCACCAGAUCAGGCCCAUCAUCGAGGAGCUCAAGAUGAACGAGGAGAACGUCAAUGUGGCGGCUGACCGCCUCGCAAAGGGUGACGUGCGCUACCGAUUCGUUCUCAACACCGGCGUGCCCGAUCCUCUCUUCUCUCAGUCCGCUUCCCUGUAAACUUAAAUCUAAUCUCAUCUGGCCAUAAUGUAUAGAG